CUCCAGGAAGUGGCGAGAACUGCGCCCGGGGAGGGAGCUGUCGGCCCGGGCUGGUUCGGCUGUGAUUCAGGGGUGGGGGUAAGAAGCCGCAUACCGGAAGGCUGGGGUACGUCUUCCUGGCAGAAAACAAAACACCGUGGACUGGAAAAAUCACGGGACAGUGACUGAAGAACAUGGGGGCCACAGCGUGGAGAGCCCAAUUGGCAACCGUGGUUGUCUAGUUUUAGCUCGUGUGCCGAAGCUGGAGCUUAACUGGGCAAUAUUUCUACGCGUUGGCACCACAGAAGCUUUGUUCAUUUUUGUUUUUUUUUUGUCGUGGACACGGCCGGGUUUCUCUUGCGCUUCGUUGUGGUUCUUCCGAAGGGACAGCACCCGCGUCGGUUCUUCUCGACUUAGCCACAAAUGGACUCUUAGCAUACAUUUUUUCUUCUCUUUUGGUGGUGUACGUUGAGUGGCGGCCACCGCAGUCAUGUUCGCAGUGCGCAUCGUCACCGCUGACUACUACCUGGCAAGCCCUAUUAAAGACCUGGACGUGUGCUACUCGGAGUUCAGGGAAAGCGACGUGAAGAAGGUGCCGGUGGUGAGGAUAUUUGGAGCAACGCCUGCAGGUCAGAAGACAUGUCUCCACCUUCAUGGCGUGUUCCCAUACAUCUAUAUUCCAUAUGAUGGUUAUGGACAGCAUCCCGAGCCAUACCUGCGUCUCGUGGCCUUCAGCAUUGACAGAGCACUCAAUGUUGCUAUGGGGAACCCUGCCUCUGAUCUCCAGCACAUCUUCAAGGUGGUGCUUGUUUCUGGCAUGCCUUUCUAUGGCUACCACUACAAGGAGAAACACUUUAUGAAGAUCUACUUGUACAAUCCACAGAUGGUCAAAAGGGUUUGUGAACUGUUGCAGAGCGGAGCAGUGAUGAACAAGAUUUACCAGCCUCAUGAGGGCCACAUCCCAUACCUCUUGCAGGUCUUCAUUGACUUCAACCUGUAUGGCAUGAACCUGGUUAACCUUGCUGCGGUCAAGUUCCGUGGGCCCAAAAACAAAGAGGUUGUGCCAGCAGUGGCAGACAAUCAGACCCAGAACAGUCAUUUGAGCACCAGUCCCUGCAAGAGCCCCGACAUCUCCAAACUCAACGACGGCGCCAAUGGGGGAACCUUUGUCCGGUGGGAGGAAAAUGCUAUUCCCUGCUCCCUAGUGUUGGAUGAGGUGGAGAGGCAGAGCACCUGUGAGUUGGAGGUUGAUGGUGUUGCUGUAGAUGUCCUCAACCGUCUCGAGCUUGAGAAUCAAAUUGGAAGGAACCCCGGCCUACAAGCAAUCUGGGAGGAUGAGAAACAGCGAAGGAGAGAAAAGAGCAAGGACUCUCAGAUUGAAACUCCAGAAUCACAAGAUCGUGCACUUGUCACUACAACUGAGAGUGAACAAAUUUUCAUGAAAAGAUUUAAGGAGAUUCUGAAGGACAAUGAGUUUUACGUGACACCAGUUUCACCAGUUGGUAAUGGAGAGGAUUUCAGUGAUCUCACCAUCCAUUCGUCUCUCCAUUUGACACCAGAAGAAGUACAGUAUACACCUGCUUCAGCUGUAGAGAUGCACAGAGACUCUGACCCAGAAUUUCUGAGCAGUAGAGGGGAAAACCUACAGGAGCCUGUUGUUGAUGAGGCGGCCAUUUUAUGUCUGUUGGAGAAUAGUCAGAACUUCUUACAGUCCUCUAAGACAUCUAAUCACUCACCUUUAUUAGACAGCAGCCAAGACCGUGCCAUGAUUGAUUUGCUGGCAGGCUUGGCGGAUGACUGCAGGACUCCUGGUCUGCACAUUUCACAGUCCCAGUCCCUUCCUGGUACCCAUAUCUGCCACUACAACAGUGACGAUGAGGAGGCAAGUCCAGAGUUGGAGAAGGAAGAGGCAAAGCUCAGUAUCACAAUGUCACAGCGAUGGGACAAUGAGCACCAUGAAAACUUGUCUUUACCAAGUGUGUGCAGGUCUGGUGACGAGGCACAGGACAGCUUCAGUGAUGAGCAUCAGGAAUCCUCUGACGAUGACAUGGAAUGGAGCGCAAAUAUUUCUUCAUUUGCUAACCUGUCCAUCCCACAGGUUGAUGGAGCAGCAGAUGAGAGCAGCGACUCAUCUUUAACGGACAAUGGCUCCAGAACCCAGUCUUCCCUUAUUGUCACAGAGAAGAUUAUAAUGAAAAGAAAUAAUUUCCCAGGAGAGACUAUCCACCUUGAACCCCAAUCCUCAGCUAAGAUAUUUCUGGAGUGUAAGCACCCAGAGCACCGUCCAGAUAAUCUCCUGAACACAGAGCAACCACUUGACAAACAUUUUCAGUCAAAAAUCAGUCAAGACAGCAGUAGUGAAUGUUCAGCAGGCUUAAAGGUUAAUACACAAAUACCUUACAUCCCACCAGUCAAACACCCUGUUCCCUGCAAAACAAUCAGUCAACCGGAGGUGUCUGCCAUCUGUGUGGACAAGGAGGACAUUGAACCCCUGUACAACUAUGAGAAGAAAGCAUCAUUAGCUUUGGAUAGAACGCAUCUUGAAACGUUCCAAUUUAGCAACAGUAAAGUCACAAAAAGAAGAAAACGCAUGAAGAGUGUAGAAACAGAGUGUCUGUCCAUCCUUCAGAACCACAGGGCCUUAUCCCUCUGCUACUCAAAGCUGAGAAACUGCUCAAACAAAACAGAACUUGAUGUGAGCCAGAUGGAUAGACAUAGCCCCCACCUGAGGAAUAUUUCUUCAGCACCUCCAACUUUUGAAAAAGAGGCAUUUCCAAACCCUCAGGUUGGGGAAAUAAGUAAAGAUGAAGAGGGAGAUGUUGGUGAGCUCAAAAUCAGGUAUGAGGACUAUCAGGAAAAUAAAACAGAAAAGCCGAUUGUUGCGCAACAGGAAGCACACUACAAGUUUUUUCCUAGUGUAAUUCUCUCCAACUGCCUAAAUCGGAAGAAAGCUGUAAGCAAAAAGCCGCCAGAUUCUUGCACCAAACUUGAGCCAGCCCAUAAUCGCAGGUCAAAGCCCAAAGUAAAUAAGAAAAGAAUGUCAGGACCAAGGAGCAAAUUAAAUAUGGAUGAAAGCUGUACCUCUGACAGCCAGGUUAGCAUUGGUUGCACCUCUGUCACUCCUGAUCAUCCGGGGAUUGGAGACACAGAAAUGCUAGUUUGUGAAGAUAAUUCAGUGAAGCCCGAGUCCAUCUUCGAUGAGCUAACCAUAGAAGCAGAGUCAGUCACAGUUGAGCCAGAAAUUGGAGCGACAUAUGUAAAUGAACAGCCAGACUUACUCCCACUAUUCAGUGCCGUUGUUCCCAGUUUUUCAGGAGAAGCUAAUGAUAAAUCAAAUGAUAGUUUAAGACUCUUGCAAGAUUUAGCUGCCAAAGUAACUUGUACAAAAGCCUCAUCCCUGCCUGGUAGUAAAUAUACUCUGAGAACCAAAAGGAAGACGCUUUAUGACAGUGAUGGAGAAUACUCGGGUUCGUCACGCUUUAAAAGUCCAACAACUGCAAAAGAACGUUUCAAAGGUUGCACUGUCCGCAGUGGGCAGGAGCAAAAAUACCAGAAACGACGUAAGAAGAAACCCCCAAUCAUAAUAAAGUAUAUUAUCAUCAACAGGUUCAAAGGACAGAAAAACAUGUUGGUAAAAAUGUGCAAAGUCAAUGCAGAGGAGCAGACGGUAACACUGACAAAAGACAAGUUGAAACAGUACACUAAACUAGCCCCCCUAAAGAAUUUCUGGCCCAAAGUUCCUGAGUCUCCUGCAGUAGAAUUUCCUGUCACUGAGUCAAAAGCAAAAAAACAAAACAAACGCAAGUCUAAAGUCAACUCUUCCAAUAAAAAAACAGUUAAUAGUAUCUCCAAACUUCAAGUUGGACUUGGUGAAAGGGUUAAAAGAACUAAGUACGAAAGGCGCCAUGUUUUACCCUCUUUACCGCCUCCUCAACCAUGUUACUGUGAGCUGGCAGAUGACAAUACCAGUGACUAUACUGAUGUUAUGUUUGAAUUGGGCUAUCUCUCCGAUAGAGCACAGAGCCCAAGAGACUCAACGCCCCCUCGCUGUUGGUCUCCAACAGAUCCUCAUAUGGAUACAAGGACGUCAGCGCAAUUAUUAAACACAUUCAAUAGUCCAUGUCUUAGUUUUGCACUACAAAUGCCACGGUCUUCAACCAACGGAGCUCAAAACAGGCGUAAAACUAACGCAAAUAAGAAAUCAACAAAUGCUAAAAAGAAGACUAUGAAGAAUUAUGUGAUUGAGCCUCCAGGGGAAGUUCUCAAAAAACAAAGCAGGAAAACUUCUCCAAGACAGAGGAAGAAAACAGUAGGGACAGUCGAGCGAAAAAACACCUCUGAAAACACCCCUAGACCUAGCCGGUCAUACAAAAAGAAGGCUGUGGACCCUAAAAAUCAUGAUGCAAUUAAAGACAUCUCUCAGGUAGUUUUUUCCAAGGAUUAUUCACCACCAUCUGAAAAGCUGGUAAAUGUAGAGACCAACCAGGACCAAAUCACAUCCAAACCUACAGUCCACUCAGUUAAACCAAAGUUUGAAGACAGUGAUAUUUCUAUCAUGAAGGCCAACCAAAACAUGUUGCCGCAUUUUCAGAUGAAACAGCAAGGUUGCCAGACCACUGUUGUAAAGUUAGAACCCUCACUGGAUCAAUUCAAAAUUUUAACACCUCUGUCCCAGACAGCUUCACUGGAAAAUACUGCAUUAGCAAAGGCUUCCAGGCAACAUAGACAGACUCCCAGUCGUUCCCAUACUCCAUGCAGCUUGUCUGUCCUCAAGAAACUUUACCAAAAGAGUCAGCGUGGUCAGACACAAGUGGAUGAUUCUGCCAACCAUUCAUCUGCUAAAGCUCAGUCUGGAGCAUUGCUUCAUUCUGCAAAUAAUCAAAGCAAAUCGAGAAAGUCCUCGACCACAGUGAGGAAACCCAGGACUCCCAAAUCGACCAACGCCAAACAUCCAAAACACGGGAUUAGAAAAAACAUGCCAACCAACACUCAGCUGUAUUUGUCAGCUAAGUGGGCGACUAAUGUGUCAGAUGACUGCUUGUUGUUUCCAUCUGGCCCAGACAUGGAGAGUUCCAAGUUAAUAGAGGACAGCUUAUCGCCAGAGCUCCCACAUAACUAUUCAUUUGACAUAAAUGCCAUUGAUCAGACUGAAUUCUCCAGCCCAUAUAGUGGCACUCAGUUUGUCCUCACUGAUAAAAUUUUACCAGUUAAAUUCUUAAGUGAUGCUAGUCAAGAAGCUGUCUCUGCUCAGACAUUGAUCUUUGAGAGGAAGCUCGAUAGGAUGUCAUGUUAUAGGGAGGAUCUUAAACAGGACUCUGACUGGCACAAGGUGAAAUUUGCCAGCCCAGAUGUCUUUGACAGAUUUGACCAUCCGGCAUCUAUAUCCAACCACCUCACAUUCAUUGACUCUGACAAAUUCAAGAACAGGGAUUGUGACUUCUCUUCAGGCAAUGCUCAUACCUUCAGCCCCUUUCAAGACUUUCACUGCGAAGGAAGAGACCUCCUUCUUUCAUUCUGUGACCCUGUGCCACCAUUGCCUUUAAGCUCUGCUUACUUUGUCAACCAUGAGGGCUCUCCAACAGGCGAGCUGCUAGAGAGCAUUGAUGGAUUGACUUCCACCACACCGAGUAGCUCUCCUUGCUCAGUCAGCUCACUCUAUCAUGUAAGAGCAAGCCAGAUGCUACGUGGACCAGGAGGAGGAGCCCACAUUCUGAAGCCCCUCAUGUGCCCUCCAAGCAGGGAGGAGAUCCUCAGCACUCUUUUCAACCUUGAGAUAUCAGAGGCCACCUUCCAGGAGCCCUUCUGCAGCAACCCCUCUGAUGCGCCAGGAAAACCAAUAGAGGUUGGCGGUCGCAAGCUAGCAGUGGGAACCAGAUUAGUGAAGGAGUUAAAGGAGUUCAGUGGAGAACUGUCAUUAGAGGGUCUGCAUUUCUGGAAGACUGCCUUCUCAGCAAUGACACAUUACGGCACCACCCCUACACCAUGUGUGCAAAUCCAAGGAGCACUAACAAGUAAAUCUCAGACUGUGAUUGAGCCAUGUUCAAGCAGUGACAAGCAGGUAGUCGUCUUGCCUUGCAAAAGUGCACCAAGCCGGGAACGUGUGCAGCUGUGGUUGGAAGCCAGGAAGCAGUAUGAGACUUUACAAAAGGGGAUAAGAAAUGCAGAGUGGCUAAAGAAGGAGAGGAUGGCUGUGCACAAGGAAGGAAACCAUUACAAUGGUGAGUCAGCGGCUCCCAGCUGUUCUACUUCAAACUUCAACUUAUGUGGGAAACUCAUCAGGACUCCAAGGAGAAGGAAGUGUAACCUGUCACUAAUAUUGUCACCCACAAAGAAUCAAGACUAUCAGUGUGACACUACAGAAAUGAGUCCAAAAUCAGAUGAUUUAGUCCUGCUUGAAAAGGAUUAUGAAAGCACAGACGAUAAAACCAGCUCUCCAGAUUCCCCAGGGCUGCCUUCAUGGCAGCUGCCCAGCAGCGUCUUGGCCAUUGACGGGACCAACCAAAAGACACAGAGUGAAAACUCUCCUGAAGCACCAUCACCAGGCCUCUCCUUGGAAAGCGUGGAUGGAAAUCGUAGCCCCCAUAUCUGUGAAAAAGACGAAAUGGUCAGUCCUCACCAACUUCAGAGAACACCCUUUUUAAAAAGGCAUCUAAGAAAUAAUGAAAAUCUAGAACCUGCAUGCAGCACCCCCAUAUCAAAAGAAGAAUCUGUUGUUGAGAAAAUGCAGCAUCAGAGGGGAAACCAAGCAGAGCCCUUGAGAAGAGUGUUACUUAACACACAGAUAAAGAAUCAUUUUGCUGCUUUCGAUGCUCCAAAGAGAGAGAAUUCUCAGAUAGACGGUCCUAGCAUAGUCAACUCUUAUGGCUUCAAAGUCAGCAUGCAAAACUUGCAAGAUGCCAAAGCUCUGCAUGAGGUCCAGCACCUUACACUGAUGGGAAUGGAGCUCCAUGCACGAACCCGACGCGACCUCGAAGCUGACCCUGAGUUUGACCCCAUAUGUGCCUUAUUCUACUGCCUGACUUCUGAUGCUCCCUUGCCAUAUAUAGACUGCUGCCAGUUGACAGGUGCCAUCGUAGUGCAUAAAAACGACACUUCUAACCAAGUAGGUCACAGAGAAACGGCGCCGCUGCUGGUCAGGUCAGGUGUUUCCGGGCUGCAGGUGAAGUAUGCUACAGAUGAGAAGAUGCUGUUUCAAGAACUGAUUGCCAUCAUGAGAAAGUUUGACCCCGAUAUCCUGUUUGGGUAUGAGGUGCAGAUGCACUCAUGGGGCUACCUUCUCCAGCGAGCUGCAAUUGUUGGAGUGGACCUUUGUCAACAACUAUCACGUGUGCCAGGUGAAUCAAGAGACAACCGCUUUGCUGCAGAAAGGGAUGAGUAUGGAGCAGACACAAUGACUGAGAUCAACAUCAUUGGACGCAUUAUCCUUAAUCUGUGGAGGGUGAUGAAAACAGAGGUGACACUUAACAACUACAGUUUUGAGAACGUGGCCUUCCAUGUGCUUCACCAGCGCUUCCCCUUGUACAGCCCCCGCACAUUGUCUGACUGGUUUGAUCACAACACUGACCUCUACAGGUGGAAGAUGGUGGACCAUUUUGUUAGCCGAGUGCAUGGCUCCUUGCAGCUUCUACAGCAGCAUGACAUCAUUGGCAGAACCAGCGAGCUGGCGAGAUUGUUUGGGAUCCAGUUCUUCCACGUUCUCACUCGAGGGUCACAGUACCGUGUCGAGUCCAUGAUGUUGCGUUUGGCCAAGCCACUCAACUACAUCCCUGUAACGCCCAGCGUCCAGCAGCGAGCGCAACAGAAGGCACCUCAGUGUCUCCCACUAGUGAUGGAACCAGAGUCACGCUUUUACAGCAACUCCGUAGUCGUCCUGGACUUCCAGUCGCUCUAUCCCUCCAUUGUCAUUGCGUACAAUUACUGCUACUCCACUUGCCUUGGUCACGUGGAUGACCUGGGAACGACUGAUGAGUUUAAGUUUGGCUGCACAUCUCUGCAGGUUCCCCCAGAGCUCCUCUUCCAGCUCCGAAAUGAUAUCACUGUGUCACCCAGUGGCAUCGCCUUUGUCAAGUCCUCAGUGCGGAAAGGUGUACUUCCCAGCAUGCUUGAGGAAAUCCUUAAAACACGCAUAAUGGUGAAGCAAUCAAUGAAAACCUACAAGCAGGAAAAAGCCCUGAUGAAGCUGCUUGAUGCCCGUCAGCUUGGACUCAAGCUCAUUGCCAACGUGACCUUCGGCUACACUGCAGCCAACUACUCUGGGCGCAUGCCCAGCGUGGAGGUUGGUGACAGCAUUGUCCACAAAGCCCGAGAAACCUUAGAGAGGGCGAUUAAACUGGUCAAUGACACAAAGAAAUGGGGAGCGCGUGUUGUCUAUGGAGACACUGACAGCAUGUUCGUUUUGUUGAAAGGAGCAACCAAAGAGCAGGCCUUUAAGAUCGGUAGUGAGAUCGCAGAGGCAGUGACUGCAACUAACCCAAAGCCAGUAAAGCUCAAAUUUGAAAAGGUGUACCUGCCCUGCGUGCUCCAGACAAAGAAGCGCUAUGUAGGCUACAUGUACGAGAGCCUUGACCAAAAGGAGCCAGUCUUUGAUGCCAAAGGGAUUGAAACAGUGCGGCGUGAUGGCUGCCCCGCUGUUUCCAAGAUUCUGGAGCGUUCUAUCAAGCUGCUCUUUGAGACACGGGACAUCAGCCAGGUGAAGCAGUUUGUUCAGCAUCAGUGUAUGAAGGUUCUGGAUGGCCGGGCAAGCAUGCAGGACCUAACCUUCGCAAAGGAAUACAGAGGCAGUGCCUCGUACCGGCCUGGCGCGUGUGUCCCUGCGCUGGAGCUCACCAGUCAACGCAGUUGUACCCAAGCAGCCAUCACUACUUCCAGUUACUCUAAAGAGGACAAUGCAGUACUAAGGCGCAUGAUGGCGUACGACCGUCGCCUGGAGCCUCGCGUGGGAGAGCGCGUGCCCUACGUGAUUGUAUACGGGAUGCCCGGUUUGCCCCUCAUCCAGCUGGUCCGUCGGCCCAUGGAAGUCUUGCAGGACCCCGGCCUCCGUCUCAACGCCACCUAUUACCUCACCAAGCAGAUCCUGCCUCCGCUGGGCCGCAUGUUCCAAUUGAUUGGCGUCGAUGUGCUCAGCUGGUACCAGGAUCUUCCCAGGAUCCAGAAGGCCUCCUGCUCCUCAGGCUUGGGCAGGGAUGACACUCUGAGGAAGGGCACCAUUUCACAGUAUUUCACCACUUUGCACUGCCCCGUGUGCGACGAGGUGACCCAACUGGGCGUGUGCUCGCGGUGUCGAACUUCUCCCCAGCGCGUGGCCGUCACCCUCCUCCAGGACAUCAGGCAGCGGGAGAGAGAACAGGAGCAUCUACUCAAGAUCUGCAAGAACUGCUGCGGCUGCGCCGAGCACCAGGUCCCAUGCGUGUCUCUUGACUGUCCCGUUCUCUACAAGCUGAGCCGCGUGAGCCGGCAGCUCUCCAAGGCACCGUACCUCCGACAGCUGCUCGAUAGCUUGUGAUGGUUGGGAUUCCCCAAGCCCCCUCCCCACCAUCUUUUUGGUGCUAACGGUCGCUUCACCGGCAUCAUCUCAUGUCAGUGUUCAUUUUGAAAUGUUUCAACGGUGCUUCACCUGAACCCUGUUGGGUUGUCAUUGUGUCUUGUUGAUGAAUAGUAUUUGUUAUACAAGUAUUGUCUGCUUUGAGCCUCCCUCAUAGGGCAUAUUAUACAUCAGUUUCCAUGCUUGUUUUUUUUAAUUGCUCAAAAACUGCGUUUAAUAAAAACCCACUAGUUCAGUGAGUUGUGGGCGCUGCAGCAGCUUCACAUCGUUGCACACUACAGUAACAUGAACAGGACUCUCAACUCGAGUAUCAUGUAAAUAAACCUUGCAUAAUCAGUACAUUGUCACUGUAUCAGCAUGAAACCAAUUACAUGAAUGCUGUUUUUAUACAUUCUAUUGAGGGAUGUCAUUCUAACCUUGAUUGUAUUCAUGCCCAUUUGAGCAUUUUGUUUAUCUUGUGUGAAAUUCAGCUUUUUGUUUUAACCCUG